AUGCAUCUUCUCAUCACCACCACCACCAUCCUCCUCCCUCUCCUCUUCCAAUCCGCCACGAGCCUUCCCUGCCAUGAGCCGCAAGCCGACCAAACCAUCCUCGAAGCCCCCAUCCCCACCACCACCCGCGUCACCACCGCCGAACACGUCUUCUUCAACACCAACGCCAACUCCGGCCUCUACCUCUGCGAGAACGCGCUGUUUCGGGGCUACUGUGUCCACUAUACCUCCCCCUUUGGGCAGUGCACAACCAUCACGGACCAAUUCCCGCCGGGCGAUCGCGGUGUCUCGGCCGCGGGAUCGGAUCGAGGGAGUUGGUGUACGCUGUAUUCGGAAUCGGGCUGUCAUGGCCAGGAACUGCAGAUCCAUUUCCCGGGUUAUGAGAAUCUGGCGUACUUGGGGUGGAAUGAUCGGGCGAAGAGCUUCAAUUGUGCGGCGGAGUGA